AUGACUUCAUUACCAACCGAUCGAAUAUUUGGUUUACGAAAUGAAAUUCAUAAAAAUGUAUCACAAGUUCAUGCUAAUAAAAUGCAAUGUGAGCGUCUUUGUGAACGUAUUGAUCAAUUAAUUGAUCCUCUCGAACGUUUAGAACAUGCAACAUUAUCAACAUUACGAGAAGAAACCCGUCCAAUACUUGAUAAAUUACUUCGAUGUAUUGAUGAUUGUAAUAAUUAUAUCGAAAAAUUAAAAUCUUCUGAACAAUGGUAUGAAGAAAUUUAUGAAUAUAAACAAAGUGAUGAAAAAUUUAAAGAAUUAAAUAAUCGUUUAUCACAAAUAGGUCAAGAUUUAUGUCUUGGCUUAAAUAUUCAAGAAUUAUUCGAUCGAAAACAAGAUCAAGAAGAUCGACAAAAGGAUUUAAAAGAUUUACAUAAAAAAUUAGAUGAAAUUUCACAAAAGAUGUUAGAAAAACAAUGUGAACAACAUAAAUUAAUCGAUAAAAUGAUUGAUAAACGUUUUCAAUCAUUUCGUUUUUCUCUAGCACAAAAUUUAUUGAUACAACAAGAGUCUAAACAAUCACAAGAAAUUCUCGAAAAACGUCAACAAUUUUUACAUAUACCAUAUAAAGAUUUAUAUAUUGAAGAUAAACUUGUUGGUAGUGGUGGAUUUGCUGAUGUUUAUAAAGCUCAAUGGUUAACACAUCAUGAUCUAGUUGCUGUGAAAAUUAUACGUAUUAAUUAUUUAUCAAAUAUUGAAAAAGAUUUUUAUCGAGAAAUUUCAACAAUGUAUCGUAUACAUUAUGAGAAUGUUUUAAAUGUUUUUGGUGCAUGCAUUGAACCGAAUUUAUAUGCAAUUAUUGUCGAAUAUAUGCCAUUAGGUUCAUUAUAUGAUAUCUUACAUAAAAAAAGUGAACAAAUAUCAUUUGAUUGGUUCGAUCGAUAUUCUAUUGCAUGGCAAAUGACAAAAUCAAUUAAUUAUUUACAUAAUCUCGAUCCAUCAAUUCUUCAUCGAGAUAUAAAAUCAAUGAAUUUUUUAUUAAAAUAUAAUGGAUCUUCGAAUCAAAAAUAUAUUGUUAAAGUUUGUGAUUUUGGUUUAGCUGAAAUUCGACGUGAAACUUUAUUACAAUCUGCAUCAUUAACUUCUUUUCAAAUUAUUGGUUCAUUUUGUUGGAAAGCACCAGAAUUAUUUAAACCACCUGGUACACAUACAAAAAAAACUGAUAUUUAUAGUCUUGGAAUUGUUUUUUGGGAAUUAGCUACCGCAAGAAAACCAUGGGAUGAAUAUGAAGAUGAAGCAGUUAUAUUAGUUCAAGUUAAAACAGGUGAACGACCAACUAUUCCAUCAGAUAUACCUGAACCAUAUAAACAAGGUAUACAAGAUGCAUGGAAUCAUGAUUCUCAAAAGCGUCCAACAUGUUUUCAAUUAAUGCAACGAUUUUAUAAAGAAAUAAAUCAAUUAAUUAUUGUGAAUAAUGAAAAAGAUAUUAUUGAUUUACAACGUCAACAAACUACAACUGAACAAAUUAAUGAUUCAGUUAACUCAACAACAAAUACUGAUUCGACUGUCACAGCAAUACAAGUAGCUGAAGAAGAGAAUGAAGAAAAAAAAUCAAAGAAUAGUCAACAAACUAUUAUUGUUUCAGAAUCCUUACACGAUGAGACAAAAAUAGAAGAAAAAACUAAUGUCGAAGAAAAAGAAACAGUUCACAACGAACCUCAAUCAAUGCUACAACACAGUACAUCUUCAAAUAUAACUGAAGAACAACACCAAGCAAGUUCUUCUCUGAUACAUCAAACCGAAUCUGAAACAAUAUUAGAACAAAGUUCAUCUUCGAAUAUAACUGGAGAAUUGAAUCAAACAACUUCUUUUUCUAUUUCUCAAAUCGAAUCUGAAUCAAUGUUACAACAUAAUUCAUCUUCGAAUAUAAAUGAAGAACAAAAUCAAACAACUUCUUCUCCUAUUUCUCAAAUCGAGGAAAAAUUGUUAAAAUCAACAGAAAAUUUGACGCCAAAUAUUCCAGCAGACAAUCAUACAGAAUAUCCAUCUUAUCAAACGUUGUUUCCAAUCGACAAAAUAAAACCACGACGUCCACUACAUGGUUUACUCUCUAGGUGGCCUCAAAAGAAAAAUUAA